CGGGCUGGCAUACGAUGAUCACCCGGCUGCAGGUCUGACUUGAGGGCCUCGGCAGGCAUUUUACUCCGCCCAUAUAUAUUCAUCAUGGCGACCUCGAAAUCCGUCGUCGAGUUGCCGCGCUUUCUGUGCUCCUCACAGACCGGCUCCUCGCGCAUCACCCCCUCAAACCUCUUUGGAUCGGGUGUUUCGUCCAACCAAACACACAAGCGUCGGUCGUUCCACGCCACUGAUGUUCGCCAGCCCGUACAGCUCAGAGGUCUAUCUACCUCGCUCUCCCCGUCCUCGGCGGCGCUCGUUCGCUGCUCCAACUUCGCGGCCACCGCCCCAUAUGCCCUCCGCUACUCCUCGCCCGCUCCCGCUCCUACGGCCCGUCGCGAGACGGACGUCCCUUCUGUUCCUAUUAGACAUAAUGGUGUAUAUGUCGCGGCAUUCAACCCCGCUCGCCGUGCGUUCCAUGCCUCCGCAGCAGCACAAAAAGAUCACCGUUUCGAUACGCUGAAGCUGGUUCAGCGCCUCAAGGGCGAAGGCUUCAGUGAAGAGCAGGCUGUUGCCUUGAUGAGAGUGCUUAAUGACGUUAUUGAAGAAUCCAUACAGAAUUUGACCAGGACGAUGGUGCUGAGGGAAGAUGCCGAACGGUCUGCGUACACUCAAAAGGUUGACUUCGCCAAACUCCGCUCCGAGCUUCUAAAUUCCGAUUCGACAGAAGCACAGCUAACUCGAUCCUCACAUGAUCGGAUUGCCGGGGAUUUGGCUAAACUAAACUCCCGACUGCGUGACGAGAUCAACCGCACACAGGCAUCAGUCCGACUGGAUCUCAACCUUGAGAAAGGAAGAAUAAGGGAGGAAGCGAACGGGCAGGAGAUGAGAAUAAAAGAGACAGAGACGAGAAUAGAGCAAGAGGUAGCCGGGUUAAGGGAGAGGGUGGAAGCUGUCAAGUUCUCAACUCUGCAAUGGUUGAUGGGUGUUUGCACUGGUACCGCAGCGCUAAUACUGGGUGCCUGGCGCUUGUUGAUGUAAGAAUAAAUGGAUUGGCGUUGGGCUUUCUUUUUGCAUCGAGAUGGCGAAGACUUAGCCAUCCUGCACUUCUUUGCACUCCAGGAGUUUCUUUUGUUUAAGAUUUGCAUGUAUGUACCCUCCAUUUAUCUACAGAGAAAGGAGAUCAUUGCCCCUCUCGUCAGCACGGAAUUAAUGGCCUCAAGAACGAGAAAGCAUAUAUACACAUCUGGCGGAUAUCCUGAAAUAGCGAUGAUUAAAUC